AGUCAGGGUUUCGCUAUAAAAACCCGAGCUCCCUCUCCGGCAGUCUGAUCUGCUGGCCUGCAGAACCCCACCCGCCAACAUGAAGCUCUCACUCCUUUUGAUGCUCCUGGGAAGCCUUGUUACAGUGUUUGCGAUCCCCACCACGAAAGUAACGUGGUGCCUCAAGUCCGACCAAGAGGAACAGAAAUGUUUGGCCCUCAAAGCUAAAUUCCCUGUAUUUGGUUGUGUGAAAAGGGAAAACUCGAAGGAUUGUAUCAAAGCAAUUCAUGCUGGUGAAGCUGAUGCCAUCACUUUGGAUGGAGGGGACAUCUAUGUCGCCGGACUGAAGAACUAUGACUUGCACCCCAUUAUUGCUGAGGACUACGGCACCUCUUCAGAAACAUGUUACUAUGCUGUUGCUGUGGUAAAGAAGACCACAACAUUUGGCAUUAAAGAUUUAAAGGGGAAGAAGUCCUGCCACACUGGGUUGGGGAAGUCUGCAGGCUGGAACAUUCCAAUAGGAACACUGCUGUCCAAGAAAAUACUGGAGUGGACAGGACCUGAAGACAAAACCAUCGAGAGUGCGGUGAGUGAAUUCUUCUCGGCCAGCUGUGCCCCAGGAGCUCCAGUGGGUUCAAAAUUGUGCCAGCUGUGCCAGGUGGACUGCUCCAGAUCCCACAAGGAACCUUACUAUGACUACGAAGGAGCCUUCCUGUGUCUGAAAGAAGAUGCUGGAGAAGUGGCUUUUGUCAAACAUCUCACUGUUCCUGAUGCUGAAAAGGAUGAGUAUGAGCUUCUGUGUAAGGAUAACACCAGAGCGAGCAUCGACAGCUACAAAACCUGCCACCUGGCCAAAGUACCCGCUCAUGCCGUUGUCACCCGCAAGGACCCGCAGCUGGGUAAAAAAAUUUGGGACAGCGUCAAUGCAGUACAGAAUUCCAGCACAGUCCCUAUGGGCUUUGACCUUUUCUCCUCUGAUGCCUUCUCUGGCAAAAACCUGAUGUUUAAAGACUCAACGAAAAACCUGGUGGAGAUUCCCGAAAACACAGACUCCUUCUUAUAUUUGGGAGCUGAAUAUAUGAGCAUUCUCCGGUCUCUGUCUAAAGGGUCGAGCUCGGACACGUCAUCAGUUGGCAUUAAUUGGUGCGCUGUGGGACACGCUGAGAAAAACAAGUGUGACACCUGGAGCAUCAACAGCGUGACGGACGAAGGUGCUCAGAUCGAAUGCUCGAACACCCAGUCAGUGGAAGACUGCAUCAAAAAGAUUAUGCGUAAUGAAGCCGAUGCUAUGGCACUGGAUGGAGGGCAGCUCUACACCGCCGGGAAGUGCGGUCUGGUUCCUGUCAUGUUGGAACAAUAUAAUGAAGGUAUGUGCAGAAAAAAACCUGAAUACACCUCUUACUAUGCUGUUGCCGUGGUAAAGAAGAGUUCAGGCCUGACCUGGGACACACUAAAGGGCAAGAAGUCCUGCCACACCGGUAUUGGCAGAACCGCUGGUUGGAACAUCCCCAUGGGUCACGUCUACAAUCAGACAAAGGAUUGUGACUUCAGCAAAUUCUUCCCGAAGGGCUGUGCACCCGGGUCAAGUCCAGACUCUUCGUUCUGUGCUCAGUGUGUUGGCAGCAAAAACCCUGUGGGAGAAAAACACAAGUGCAAAGCCAGUGCUGAGGAACUGUACUACGGCUACGCUGGAGCCUUUAGAUGUCUGGUUGAAGGUAACGGGGAUGUGGCCUUCAUCAAGCACACAACUGUUCUGGAAAACAGCGAUGGAAACGGUCCAGACUGGGCUGCAGGAGUGUCAUCUGCUGACUACCAGCUGAUCUGCCCUGGGAAACAUGCCGUCGGAGUCAAUGAAUUUGCAUCAUGCAACUUGGCUAAAGUGCCCGCACAUGCUGUGGUGACACGUCCUGAGAUACACGACAAGGUGGUGAACAUUCUCCAAAAACAAGAGGCCAAGUUCGGUAACAGUGGCAGUGAUCCCAACUUCAAAAUGUUCCAGUCCAGUGAUGGAAAGAACCUCCUGUUUAAGGACUCGACCAAGUGUCUCCAGCAGAUCCCACCUGAAAAGACCUAUGAGCAGGUUUUAGGACCUGGCUACAUGAAUGCCAUGUUCUCACUCAGGCAGUGUGACACCGCUCCAGACUUGGAGAAAUCCUGCACUUUCCAUGCCUGUCAACAAAAAAUCUAGAUGGGUCAUUAUACGAUGUCACGUCUCACCUGGCCCUCAGCGACUCCAGUGACGUGUCCACUGUCUUCACACUAGAUGCAAACUUCCACUGUAUUUUGUUUCUGGACUGUUUUAGGAAUAUACUGCACUACUACAAACUAAAAAUUAACUACAGUAUCCAGUAACCCUUCAGGUUCAUAUCACAUGCUUUUUAAUGUGGCCAUCAAAUAAUGUAGCAACAAUAUUUUCUUCAAACUUGUUAAACUUUUCUCAAAUAAAGCCAUUUUAAAGUUCAA